CUAUGGUGGGAGGUGGUGGCAGUAAUUCUGAUAUCUCCUUUGCCGGCACUUUCGCCAGUAGUGCUUUCUCUGCAUGUUUCGCUGAGGUACGUUGUUUUAUUUCCCCAAUGUUAUUUUGAAUCCAUCCAUCUGUUACUAUUGUUGUGUCGUGAUGAGUAGGAUCAAACUCCUUCAGACUUGUUGGUCACCACCAUCUUCCUUCCUUACAUUACACUUCCUUCCAAUCCCCAUCCUCUCUCCUCAAUUUCUCAAGGUUUUUGGAAGAAACAACAUGGGUAGCAAGGCACCAAGUUGGUCUGACCAAUGGGGAAAUGGUGGGCUUGGCAGCGACGAGUAUGAGGACGAUGUGAUGGUGAAGAAGAAUAAUAAGAGCAACGGAAGUGGCAAGAUGGAAGAUGCAAAAGCUAUGGCGUCGGUUAGUAUGGGCAAAGCGAAAACAGUUGCAAUCGUCGGUGCUGACAAAGCUAAGUCAGCUGCUGUGGUAGGUGCUCAGAAGGUGAAGAGUGGAACCUCUGCCGGAUUCAAAUGGAUCAAGAAUCAGUGUCAGAAAAAGAAGAAGAGCCAACAGUUGAGGUUACAAAUGAAGGUGUUGAUGCUGCAGGGCAUACAAUUGGUACAUCUUUGGAGGUACCACACCUUUGCUAUGAUCAUGUCAGUCUUGAGGCCCUUAGAGGUAAUGUUCUUAUGUUUGUAUGGAGGUUUAAGAAUUGGGUUAUACGAGCCUGUUAAGAAUUUGUAUGUUGGGAAAGACCAUGUUGGAGAUGCUCCAUUGGUGAAAAAAAUUCUCGCUGCAUUAACAACUGGUGCUGCUGUAGCAAUUGCAGUGGCAAAUCCUACCGAUCUUGUCAAAGUUAGACUUCAAGCAGAAGGAAAAUUCCCUCCUGGCGUGCCAAGGUGCUACACUGGAUCAUUGAAUGCUUAUUCAACAAUUGUGAAACAGGAGGGAGUCAGAACACUUUGGACUGGCAUUGGCCCCAAUGUCGCAAGAAAUGCUAUCAUUAAUGCUGCUGAGCUAGCCAGUUAUGAUCAAGUGAAAGAGACCAUUUUGAAAAUUCCAGGCUUCACCGAUAACGUUGUUACACAUCUUCUUUGGGCGGGUUUUUUUGCAGUGUGUAUUGGCUCCCCAGUUGACGUGGUGAAGUCAAGAAUGACGGGAGAUCCUAGUUACAAAAGCACCAUUGGUUGUUUCGUCAAAACAUUAAAAAAUGAUGUACCACACCUUUGCUAUGAUCAUGUCAGUCUUGAGGCCCUUAGAGGGAUUUGUCAUCGUCUCAGUUUUAUUCGAUACAACAUCUUGCCCUCAUACAUCCUAACAAAAUGGGGUAGCCGGACGUAAAAAUAUGCAUCUUGUAGAAACCGUUUGGACCCUACUUCUCUAUGGUAAUGUUCCAUUCUGGUUCUGGAGGAUAUUAUGCUAAUAUGGCAUGUUACCUUAUAAACCUCAUGCCCUCGUCUGCCCUUAACAACAAUAUCCCUCACUUAAUUUUGUUAUUUCCUUAUUCCCCCUUCACCCAAUUCCUCCUCGUUUCUUCGAGUCUACAAUAUUUGUUAAAGUAAAUGCUCGUGACGGCGACGGUACCGGUGAUCAUCCAUGGUUCUCUUUCUCUCUCUUCCAGGUUACUCCUACCCUAUCUCAUAUCGAAACAUUGGGGACAAUGUUCGGUUUAAGUGUGGGAGGAGAUUUUUAUCGUUUUUUAUUGCUUUUCUUUAUUUUUAGUAUGUUUUGAGCGUUUUUUGUUGUUUGCUUUUCCUUUCAAUAAAAUAACAUGUGUUUGACGAGUCAUCUGUGUAGUGUAUCCGUAUUUCUCCUAUUUCUUUAACCUUACCAAAAAAAAAUUGUGAGCAAAGAAAACAGUGCAUCUUGAAUAUUCAGGCUAUAAGACAGGUUUAUGACGGGAUGUAAAAGACUUGGGAAAACGUUUUUUAAAAAUCGGUAUUGUCUUAAUAGCGUAGGCUUCAUGAUUAUAAGAGUCGAUCCCGACACCCCAUGUGUUGUGGUCCCAAUUUUUUUUACAAAUAAGUCCUUAAGUAGUU